GCGCCUCAGAUCCCCGACACGGCCGCUACCAGUGUGUCGUGGGCGAGGCAGCCCGAGCGGCGUCUCCUGCAGCCCCCCAUAAAACUAAACAAUUUUGUGUCAUUGUGAUCACGGUGCUGUGUUUCAGGCUAAUUAUAAACAGGAAACUUGAGGGAAAAAAUAUCGAUUCUUAAAUACCCUUUCCGUGAGCCUGAUCCGCUGCUGAAGGUUGAAUGCAGCAGGUCAUCAAGCUUAACCUUUGCCUCACUUGCCUUUGAUCUUAGUCAUUUUGUAAUACAUAUUCCAUUAAAAUGUAAUAAUGUUCACCUACUUCGUGUUGCUGUCAGAUUUCAUCUAAUGAAAGGAUAAAAUAUAGUAAACCGUGUGCUAAAUAGACUGUCAUAUAAGAUUUUUAUUGAAAAAGCUGGGCCUCCUAUUCAUCAAAGACUAUUGUUAGUUCCCGUUUUCAAGUAGUCGCGACUGUAAACAAUUAGCGUGUGGGCCAUCCUGCCAGGCUGCCCAGCUGGUGCCUGGCCGGUGUGCGCCGCGCCGCCGAUGCUCCUGCAGAUCAAAAAUAGACAAGCCUGCUGCUCGUGACCCUCAGUGGCCCUCCAGCCUCUUGAGGGAGUUGAGUGCCUUUCUCUUUGACUGUGUGCUACAAGUUGCUGAGCAUUGAAUAAAUGUGAAUAAAACGCAGUUCAUCGUCGUAGUACUUUCCACAUUUCCCAUUGAACACCAGGAAGCGAUGGUCGUUUUGUCGGUGGUGGCACUACAGCGGUAUCCUCGGCCAUUCUCUCGCACUGAAGAAAAUACGGCAUUCAACAUAUUACACCUUCACGACGAGUUCUCUCGGUGCGCUUGGCAAUACAAGUGGCGUCAUGGACCCCCUUGAGGACGGUGAAAGCUGUUGUUGUGGCAUCACCGGAGAGGAGGGAAAGGGCGAGGAUGAAGUGGACGAGGCUGAGAAACAGACCGAGGAUGAGGACAAGACUCUGCGUGAGGAGAUCAUUGCUCUUUAUAACAAAGGUGAGGCCGACACCAUCCUCUCACUUAUCUCAACCUUCACCGAGGAGGAGGAGCGCCCUUGGGACUCGUUGCUGCUGUGGGUGCGGCCAAAACCCUGCUGCCUCGCUGCCCUCGCCGAGCACGUCAGGGGCGCCAACAUCUCUGCCGUGGCCUCGGUCGGCUGCGGCACCGGCCUGCUGGAGUGGCUCGUCCAAGCCCACACAGGUCUGUCCGUGGUGGGCUAUGAGGUGAACGCCGAGUGGUGGUCAUCCAGGUACUCCCCGCCGACCUUCAUUCCGCUGACCUACGUGGACACAGACGCCGCUCCCCCGCGGGUGCCGCCCACGCACGCCCUCAUGUGCUGCUACUUUAACGACGGCAAAGCGUUCCGGCAGUAUGUGUCUGCCUACGAGGGUCCGGCGCUGGUAAUCAUUGGAGCCACCUCCGGGGAGCGCCACACCGACCCCCACCCACUGGACUACGUGGACGAGGGCUCGUGGCGCCUUACCUUCACGCACCGCAUCUCGCCUGAGGACCUGCUGGCGGGCUACCUGCGGCAGCACUCCCCGCCCGGGGAGUAGACGUGCCGGGGAUUCAGGAACACUCUCCAUCUUAUUUUCCAGUUACCUCCCUUGGCAGAGCCGGAAGGGUUAGCAGAAUUGGAUCAGGCUUUUGCUCUGAGGUGGUGACUAUUCCUCUUACUUCUAUUGGUAAAUAUUGUCUGACAGGACGUAUAUUGUUGAAAAAAACAUCCUGUUGCAUUUUAUUAAUAAACAUCCGCAUCGUGAGUUCCUACACCAUCAAGAUGCUGUUCGGAUUAACGACACUGAGAAUACUAAGAAUGCGUCUGUAGGCCAGUAUUAAGUUGUACGAUGAAUGGAGUCCGUCUUCAUUUUGUAAACAAUAAAGACUAAUAUGAAAAGGUUACAA